AUGGUGAGGGAGAUGCGCAUCAACACCGCGCCCCGCGGCAACCGCGUCCCGCUCCUCAACAACGGGGAGACGUCCAGGAUCCUCUCCGACCUCGAGGAGGGCAGCAACGUCCAGGCGGCCAACGUCGGGUUCUGCCGGGUCAUCAAGUUGGCAAAACAUGACGCGGGGAAGCUCGUCUUCGCCACCAUCGCGCUGCUCGUCGCCUCUCUCAGCAACCUCCUCGUUCCCAAAUACGGAGGCAAGAUAAUUGAUAUUGUGUCAAGAGAUGUUCAGCGGCCAGAGGAUAAGGCCCAAGCCCUGGCGGAUGUGAACGGCACCAUAUUGUACAUUGUGCUAAUAGUUGUAACCGGGUCAGUUUGCACAGCUCUUCGGGCAUGGCUGUUCAAUUCUGCUAGUGAGAGAGUCGUUGCUCGACUUAGACAGGACUUGUUCAGUCAUCUCAUAAACCAGGAAAUAGCAUUUUUUGACGUGACUAGAACAGGAGAGCUCUUAAGCAGGCUUUCUGAAGAUACCCAAAUUAUAAAGAAUGCCGCUACAACAAACCUUUCAGAAGCACUGCGUAAUCUGACUACCACAGCUAUUGGUCUUGGCUUUAUGUUUUCAACGUCAUGGAAGCUGACAUUGUUGGCACUUGUAAUUGUUCCAGUGAUAUCAGUUGCUGUGCGUAAAUUUGGGCGUUUUCUUCGUGAGCUUUCACAUCAGACACAAGCUGCGGCUGCUGUAGCUUCAUCCAUAGCUGAGGAAUCUUUUGGUGCCAUUCGCACAGUAAGAGCCUUUGCUCAGGAGCCUCAUGAGGUUUCACGAUAUGGCGGAAAAGUAAACGAGACACUGAAGCUUGGUCUCAAGCAAGCUAAAGUUGUUGGACUAUUUUCUGGAGGGCUUAAUGCUGCAUCAACUCUGUCGGUUGUUGUUGUAGUUAUUUAUGGAGCUAACUUAACCAUCAAUGGUUACAUGACAACUGGUUCUCUUACGUCUUUCAUCUUAUACAGCCUUACAGUUGGCUCGUCAGUCUCUGCCUUGUCAGGACUAUACACAACUGUAAUGAAAGCAUCAGGCGCAAGCCGUAGAGUUUUUCAACUACUUGAUCGUGUUUCCUCAAUGACAAACACUGGGGACAAAUGUCCAAAAAAUGAAAACGAGGGGGAAGUUGAGCUGGAUGAUGUCUGGUUUGCAUAUCCUUCGCGUCCUUCUCAUAUGAUUCUUAAGGGAAUCACAUUGAAGCUAGCACCAGGUUCAAAGGUUGCACUUGUUGGGCCGAGUGGUGGUGGAAAAACUACAAUAGCAAAUUUGAUUGAAAGGUUUUAUGACCCUCUAAAGGGAAGGAUCUUGCUAAACGGAGUGCCUUUGGUAGAAAUUUCACAUCAGUAUCUCCACCAAAAGGUAAGCAUAGUUAGCCAGGAGCCUACACUCUUUAACUGCUCCAUUGAAGAGAAUAUUGCAUAUGGAUUGGAGGGCAAAGCUAGCUCUGCUGACGUUGAAAAUGCAGCUAAAAUGGCAAACGCGCAUGACUUCAUAUGCAGCUUCCCAGACCAAUACAAGACUGUCGUCGGAGAGCGUGGCAUCAGGUUAUCUGGCGGGCAGAAGCAGAGGGUUGCCAUUGCAAGAGCUUUGCUUAUGAACCCACGAGUGCUUCUAUUAGAUGAAGCUACCAGCGCCCUCGACGCCGAAAGCGAAUACCUUGUUCAGGAUGCAAUGGACUCGUUGAUGAAAGGGAGGACCGUUCUCGUGAUAGCUCAUCGGCUCUCCACCGUGAAGAGCGCCGACACGGUUGCCGUCAUCUCCGAGGGCCAGAUCGUGGAGAGCGGCACACACGACGAGCUCCUCGAGCGCGACGGCAUCUACACGGCCCUGGUGAAGAGGCAGCUGCAGUUGCCCAAGUUUGAAGGGACCGCCAACGGGACAGCCGAAAUAGAACCCAGCAGUAAUGGCCAAUAG